AAAAGGACGGAUUGCGUCUUGAGUGCACACUGGAUUUAGUUAAACUCCACCACCGCCCUGUAAUUAUAAUUCCUGACUCUCAGAAACAGGAAAUGCUUGAAAAAGAUAAGCCUACAUUCAGUUUUUUGCCGGGAGGAUCUGUGGCAAAAGUAACCGACCCGACCCACGAUUUAAUGACUCGAACGAGCAGCAACGUACUUUUUGAAGCCCUCCUUACUGCCAUGAUGUCAAGCAGUGGUCUUAUUCGACACAUCCGCAGCCCUCCUCAACCCCCAACACCGAUUCUAGGUUGCUCAAAGGUGUUUCUUUGCAUCAUGCCUGUUGCUCAGAUUGCAAUUGGGUCAGUGUAUCUGCAUGACUGUCCGCGGGAGCACUACAUCCCCAUCUAUUUGAUUGUGGUGGGAGUUUUUGGCCUGGUGCUGGCGGUGCUCUCCUGCCUGCCCUGCGCUCAGGAGCCCAAAGACGGCACCUCCAACCCGCUCAGUCCGGUCUGCACGGCCUGGAACUCAUUGACGUCUUUCUUCCUCUUCUGCUGGUUCAUCGCUGGUAAUGUGUGGAUCUACUCUAUUUACGAGCCAAACUACAACAAGAACACAACAGAUGUGGAUCCUUACUGCAACAAGAAGCUCUACCUGUUUGCCUUCUGGACCACCACUUUGUUCUACAUCCUCCUGGGUCUGUUCCUCAUAGGCAGCUGCUGUGUUCUCCUCUGCUUCUACCUGUGUGGCAGAGCCGACCCCGACGACGACGUCUAGAGACUUCCUCGAACAAAGCGAGGGGACAGGACACAUCUCACGGCGCCGCGCACAUCAUGUUUGGUGCCGAAGCUGUUAGUUCUUCUGUUGCACAUGUACCCAGGUUCUACGCAAGUGGCUGUUGAAUGAGUUGCACUUUUAUUCUGUUGUAAUUUAACCCUGAAAUGUGCUGUAAAAGGAGUUUUCCCACUGCAGGGUGUAAGCUUGAACAUAUGGGAAGCAAAUUAGAGGGAACUGUCUUUAUUAAAUACAUAAUUUGCAACACGUGGCUAACAUGUCUCAUUUUAACAGCUAUGUUGUGUUGUAGUGGCACUUCUAGUUGCACAGCCUUCUUUUUGGCAGCCCCAAUAGAUGCAUGCUGAACUCUAAGAUGCUAUAGAUUUUAACACUGAUUUAUAAAUAAUGUCUUCUCACUGCUUAGCCUUUUUUUACCUCUAAGGAUGUAUUCUGCUUGCAGGAAUUUUCUCUAACAUCCUUUCCAAAAGAUAUAUGAGAUGUAUUGUUUACAUGUUGAGCCAGAAAUUAGGCUCAAACUUUAUACAGAGUACAGGAUGAAAUGAUAAAACGUCUGUUUUGUGUGAAUUAA